AUGGCUGGGAUUGACUACCUCCUCUUUGAAGAGGCCACGGGCUACGCGAUCUUCAAGGUGCUUAUUCAGGCCGACGACAUCGCCGGCCGGUCGCAAGAAGUGCAGCAGGCCGCCGCCGACCUCGGCAAGUUCCUGAAGAUGCUCGAGUUGGUGUCGUUCGCCCCGUUCAAGGGCGCCGCCCAGGCGUUGGAAAACGCCAACGACAUCUCCGAAGGGAUCAUGUCGGACUACUUGAAGUCGGUGAUCGAGCUCAACAUCCCCAAGGGCUCCGACAAGAAGCGCGUGGUGUUGGGGGUCUCCGACAAGAACUUGGGUCCUUCGAUCAAAGAGGUGUUCCCCUGGAUCGACUGUGUGCUGAACGAAACCGUCCAGGACUUUUUGCGCGGGAUCAGAAACUUUGGCGACAAGUUGCUCAAGAACUUGCAGCUGGGAGACCUCGAACGGGCCCAGUUGGGGUUGGGGCACGCCUUCUCGAGAGCUAAGGUCAAGUUCUCGGUGCAGAAGAACGACAACCACAUCAUCCAGGCGAUUGCGCUUUUGGACCAGUUGGACAAGGACAUCAACACCUUCUCGAUGAGAGUCAAGGAGUGGUACGGGUGGCACUUCCCUGAGUUGGCCAAGAUUGUCCCCGACAACUACACCCACGCCAAGUUGGCGCUUUUCAUCAAGGACAAGCUGGCGCUCACCGACGACUCCCUCCACGACGUUGCUGCCAUUGUUGGUGACGAUUCUGGCGUCGCCCAAAGAGUUAUCGACAACGCUAAGAUCUCGAUGGGGCAAGACCUCUCGGAAGAAGACAUGGCCAACGUCGCCACUUUUGCCGAACGCGUGGUCAACCUCACCGACUACCGCCAAGAUCUCUACAAGUACUUGACCGACAAGAUGCACACCGUCGCCCCCAACCUUUCGACGCUUAUUGGUGAAGUGGUCGGGGCCCGGUUGAUUUCGCACGCCGGGUCGUUGACCAACCUUUCGAAGCAAGCCGCCUCCACCGUGCAGAUUCUCGGUGCCGAAAAGGCGUUGUUCAGAGCGCUUAAGACCAAGGGCAACACUCCCAAGUACGGGUUGAUUUACCACUCGUCGUUCAUCGGCAAGGCGCUGGCGAAGAACAAGGGGAGAAUCUCGCGCUACCUCGCCAACAAGUGCUCGAUCGCCCUGAGAAUCGACAACUACUCCGACCAGCCCACCACCGUGUUUGGUGAGGUGUUGAAGAAGCAAGUCGAGGACAGACUCAACUUCUACGACACCGGUGCCCCGCCGAUCAAGAACUCCGACGCCAUCAAGGAGGCGAUGGAGCUUGCCGGCGUGCAAAUGGGCGACCUUGUUGACAACGUGAAGGAAGCCAAGAAGGAAGUCAAGGAAGAAGACGAUGAGGAAGAAGAAGAAGAAGACAAGAAGGAAAAGAAGAAGGAAAAGAAGGACAAGAAGGAAAAGAAGGAAAAGAAGGAAAAGAAGGAAAAGAAGGAAAAGAAGGACAAGAAGCGGUCGCGCGAAGACGACGACGACAAGGACGACAAGAAGCUGAAGAAGGAAAAGAAGGCCAAGAAGGAAAAGAAGCUGAAGUCGAAGGACUAA